CGCCGUCUCCCGGUGCCGGCUGCAGGGCGGGCGAGAGGCGGCCGCUCCGCCGGGCAGCGCGGGCGGGGGGGACAGCGGUGACGGAAGGCGGCAGCUGGGGGGGACGGCAGCUCCGGGUUGACUCCCCCCUCCCCCCUCCCCGGCCGGGGGAAGAUGGAGCUCGGUUAGUGAGGGCUUGCGGGAGGAGCAGCGGGAGCAGGCACGUGAUAUUGCAGAGCAUCAAGACUGGAAGUAAAAUCAGCUGGACAGUUGCCUCCUGCCUUCCUAAAUAGUUCAUUCUGUAAUAUCAUGGUGCAACCCCUUGUGAAACUUAAAUGGAAGAUCCCCAUAGUAAUAACCUUGGGAGAAGGUAGGUCUACUGGUGUGGAUGCCUUGUCCCAUUUGCUUCACCAAAAUGAGAUAGGGCAUGCAGGAGAGAAGGGAGAUUUUUGCAAGUAGAACCUACCAUGAUUUCUCAGGGGACAAAAUUUUGCUUAUUCAUACCUUCUACUGUGGCAAAAAUGGAUUAUUUUCCUCACCAAAAACCAGCAGCAUAAUGCCCAUCUGACACAUGCCUCAAGGAACUCUUAUUUAAAGUCUGUUGUAAUUUAUUUCUCUGUAGCUGUGGUACAAGCAAGAGCCAACCAAUAUCAUCUGCUACCAACAGGAAAUUUCCAUGCUAGUCCCUUACCUUUGACACGUGGUAAAGUUGCAACUGAGCCUGUGAGGAGGAAUCAACAGAAAAAAUUGAAUUCAUGUUCAAAGAGCCAGCCGGAACCAGCUGAGUCCGGCACGGAGCAGCCCUGACCUCUCCUCACAGGACUACCCCUGCAGCCCCCACUACCAGAACCUGGCCACCGACACCCAGUGCAGUGACAGAUUGGUGUGAUGCUGGUUUUCUCAAAAUGGAUGCCUUCUAGCCAAACAGCAAGUCCUACUGCUGCCGCAUGUCUGGCAGCAUCUCUGAAUGAUCACAUGACUCUUGAUAUGGAUGCAGUCCUGUCAGACUUUGUUCGGUCCACAGGGGCAGAACCAGGUCUGGCAAGAGACUUACUGGAAGGCAAAAAUUGGGACUUGACAGCGGCUUUGAAUGACUAUGAGCAGCUCCGACAGGUACACACCGCCAACCUGCCACAGGUGUUCAAUGAGGGCAAAUACUACAAGCCACAGGAGCCAGAGCAGCCUCCCCAGGUGACAAAGGCUGAGCGGCCCUGCCUGCAAAGGCAGGAUGACAUUGCUCAAGAAAAGCGCCUUUCCAGAGGUAUUUCUCAUGCCAGCUCAGCCAUAGUCUCCCUCGCUCGAUCACAUGUAGCAAAUGAGUGCAGCAACGAACAGUUUCCUUUGGAGAUGCCCAUCUACACAUUCCAACUGCCAGACCUUAGCGUGUACAGUGAAGAUUUCAGAAGCUUCAUUGAACGGGACUUAAUUGAGCAGGCAACAAUGGUUGCUUUGGAGCAAGCAGGACGACUAAAUUGGUGGUCUACAGUAUGUACAAGCUGCAAACGCCUUCUUCCCUUGGCUACAACAGGUGAUGGAAACUGCCUCUUGCAUGCUGCAUCUUUAGGGAUGUGGGGAUUUCAUGACCGGGACCUUGUUUUACGUAAAGCACUCUAUACUAUGAUGAGAAGUGGAGCUGAAAGGGAAGCGCUAAAAAGAAGAUGGAGAUGGCAACAGACCCAGCAGAAUAAGGAGUCAGGUUUAGUGUAUACAGAAGAAGAAUGGGAACGGGAGUGGAAUGAACUGCUUAAACUGGCAUCAAGUGAGCCUCGUACACAUUUCAGCAAAAAUGGAGGCAGUGGUGGUGGAGUCGAUAAUGCAGAAGAUCCAGUGUAUGAGAGCUUGGAAGAGUUCCAUGUUUUUGUCUUAGCCCAUAUUUUGAGAAGACCUAUUGUUGUAGUAGCAGACACAAUGUUACGAGACUCAGGGGGAGAAGCAUUUGCACCUAUACCAUUUGGAGGAAUUUAUUUGCCACUUGAAGUUCUACCUAACAGAUGCCAUUGCUCACCUCUUGUGCUAGCCUAUGAUCAGGCUCAUUUCUCUGCUCUUGUUUCCAUGGAACAAAAAGAUCAACAGAGAGAACAAGCGGUGAUCCCUCUGACUGACUCUGAACACAAGUUACUGCCUUUGCACUUUGCGGUUGAUCCUGGGAAAGACUGGGAGUGGGGAAAAGAUGACAAUGAUAACACCAGACUGGCCAACUUGAUUCUGUCUCUUGAGGCAAAGCUUAAUCUUCUACACAGCUAUAUGAAUGUAACCUGGAUACGCAUACCAUCUGAGACACGGCAGGCCCCUUUGGCUCAACCAGAAUCCCCUACAGCUUCAGCCGGGGAAGAUGUUCAGUCCCUGGCUGACUCAAUGGACUCGGACCGAGAUUCCAUCUGUAGUAAUUCCAAUGGCAAUAAUGGCAAAAACAGUAAAGAAAAAGAAAAGGACAAACAGAGGAAGGAUAAAGACAAAACCAGGACGGAUUCAGUUGCCAAUAAAAUAGGAAGCCUCAGUAAAACCUUGGGAAUUAAACUGAAAAAGAACAUGGGUGGUCUUGGAGGUCUGGUGCAUGGCAAAAUGAGCAGAACCAAUUCAGGGAAUGGAAAAAAUGGUGACGCAGUAGAGAAGGUCAAAGAGAAGAAGUCUAAGUCUCGAAAAGGGAGCAAAGAGGAAUCUGGACAGUCUGCAAGCACUUCUCCAUCUGAAAAGACCACUCCAUCUCCAACUGACAGAGCUAGCAACUCACCCAUUGAGAAGAUGAACACUAAAUCCUCCUCUGACAAGCAGGCUGACCCAUGGAAGUACAGCACUGAUGUGAAACUCAGCCUAAAUAUUUUGAGAGCUGCCAUGCAGGGGGAACGAAAGUUUAUUUUUGCUGGCCUUCUCUUGACCAGUCAUAGGCAUCAGUUCCACGAGGAGAUGAUAGGCUAUUACCUGACCAGUGCACAGGAGCGUUUCAAUGCAGAACAGGAACAAAAAAGAAAGGAUGCUGAGAAAAAGGCUGCACUGAAUGGGUCAUCUAGUAGGAAACUGGAGCCAGAAGCAUAUUCAAAAGAAAAAUUAGAAACAUCUCCUCAGGAUAGGGCAUCACCCGUCUUGCCUCAAAGCCAUACAACUCAACUGGUUUUAAAAUUUAAAGAUCGCACUAGUCCCACUCCUGGGUCAUUUUCUUCACCUAGUAAUGGUGCUAAGAAAAGUGGACCCAUUCCGGUAUCUGCCCACUAUAGCCAUACGCCACCUGUUCAAAGGCAAAGUGUCAUCCAUUUGCAUGAUGUCAACUCCAAGCCAUCGAGCUUCCAAGACGAUACCUACAAGCCAGUGGUUGGCACCUUAAAAACCUGUGCCACCUACCCCCAACAAAACAGAUCACUGUCUUCUCAAAGCUACAGCCCAGCCCGGAUAUCCGGUAUCCGCACAGUGAACACCGUGGAAUCGCUGAGCUAUGCCAUGCCUACUGAACACAAGUCUCAGACAUACACAAAUGGAUUCAAUACUGGCGAUAUUAGAGACUGCUUAGAAUAUGCUGAUGAGGAUGCUCCUCAGACCUGGUUGAACAAUGAUAAAAUUCAAGGCAGAAGCACAGUUUGCCCAAUAUAUUCCAUCCAGCAGAACCGCUGUAAGAAGGAGAACUGUUCCUUUUAUGGUCGUCCUGAGACUGAAAAUUACUGUUCAUACUGCUACAAAGAAGAGUUAAAGCGCAGGGAGAGAGAAAGCAAGGGACACAGGCAUUGAGGAUUCUUCCGUGACUACUUAGUUUUACCAUUUUCUUACUUACAAAGUAAACAGUGUUGAAUUGCAGUAAAAGGAAUCCUUAAAAAAAGAAUAAAGGAUUGAUGAGUAAAUAGUGUCUAGCUUUUCGCUUUUCCGGGGCAAUGAUGAAAUAAUAGGAUUAAUUUAUCAUAAAAAAAUAUUAUUUUCCAUUUUGUCAGUGUCUUUUUUACAUAUACUGGUAAGCUGAAGGGUUGUUUACUCCUUUGUCAGUGCUGUGUAUAUGUUUGGUCAAAAAUUUACUAAUGGUGCCUGAAUUUACACUGACAUCACUCAGGUAGUAGAAUGAUAGGGGAAAGUCAUAAUACCGAAGAUGUGGUGUUGUAAUAGGGUAGUAUCUGCCUUGCAACAUUUGAAAUUCUAUAGCUAUUAUGAGAGUAUUUUUUCCUCAGUAAAACCUAAAUUUUUCAUAGCCUUUUUUUUCAGGAGGGUAGUGAUUUUGCAUACUGCACAUUUUUAACAUGGCAGCAUAUUGCAUUACUACUAACAUUUGUACUCAAUUCAGUCUGAAAGGGAAUGAUUCUGGGAAAAUGGGAGUGAAAGGUCUGAAUUUGAGGGCUGUAGCUCUAAUUUUAAGUUCUUACCAGUUAUUUCUGCAUUUCCAUUAAAAAGUAGAUUUGAGCCACUUUUAUUUGUACUGAAUUUUUAAACAGAUUUUAGAAAAAAUACAUUAUGACUUGCAAGACUUCACGUCACAAAAAAAACGCACACAGUAUAGUUUUGGGCACCUGAAUUUCAGUAGUAUUUUCAUUGCUGUUAAAAUUCAGAGAAAUGUUAAAAUAAAAUUGAAAUAUAAAAAUGUUACUAGAUUUGGAAAAUUUGAUGACCAGCUAGGAAAUUUAAGAUCAUUUUAGAGCUGAAUGAACUGCUUGUCAAAACAAUUGUAUUAGAUCAAUUGAUUCCCUUAACCAUUGCAAGAAUUUAAUAAUGAUUUAUUUAUUCCUUUCUCAACAUUAUUGAGUGAUAGUUAUUGUAAAUAUAACUACUUCUGAACCUCUCUGGAAGAGCAUUGGCUCUACCUAUUUUUGAGUCUUCUAGAGUGAGUUGUACCCACCAGGAUGUUCCGAGAUGGCUGCAGAAUACCUCUGGUAUGAAUGGCAACUCUGAGCACAGAUUUGCACGUCUGAUAUCCUGAUCUUUAUAAAAGUAUUUGCAAUACCUUUGAAAAUAAAACUUUGCUCAUGGAAACAUAUCUGUAAAGUAGACACCACAAAUACUGUUAAAGGAGAUGUAUGACAUUAGGAAGUCUUCUUGUAUAUAGUACUUGCAGGUUUUGCACCCUUCUACCAUCGAGUGACAUAAUGUUGUAAGAAUAGAUCUUCAGUGUUACACUUGUAAGCAAUGGCUCAUUUAAUGUCUACCCACUUUUGUUUAAAAAAACAAACCCUCAUUUUCUACAAAUAGUUGAAGUACUGCCUUCAGGACUGCUUACUCUGCUACCUAAAGGUGCAGAAUAUGAGUUUUGCCUUACUCAUGAUGGAAUAGCACUUUUCUGGCCUGCACAGGAAAGAUUCUUUGCCAAAGAGCCUUUGUUUUUGGUUCUUUUCUGCUGUACCCCAAUUUUCACUCUUGACAUGGGUGGCACCACUUCACUUGAGUACAGCUAAUUCUAGUUAGCCUUGAAACCAAGCCUAAAGUAGUCUGUGAAACAAGAUACGCUGAUGUGUACUGGCUUUCAGGAAAAGCACGUAAGCUUUUGCUUAUGUCCCACUGGAAUUUGUGGAACUGAGCACGCACUUAAAAUUGACGGUAUCUUUAGGUUUUCUGAUGAAUGGGAGAUUUAAAGAAUAGUUUCAAAGUCCAUUAGCCGCUCCUAAAAAGUCAUGGUCUUUGCCAUGUUAGCUGUUCCAUGAAUCCAAACCUGUAUGUCUAUUUCUUGACAUAUACUGAGCAUACACUGAAUGUAACUGACUUUGUCUUCCUUCAUAAAAGGGAGAUACUGGUAUGCGUAGUGAGAGGUUAAGACUCCACAUGACUUCUGUACUUAAGGUAAGCACAUUCUGAAACCCAUGUCUCCGGUUGCAUCCACUAAUAAGCAGUGUCCUUUUCUAGUUAGCUCUUGCGAUUACAUGUAAAUUCUCAUUGCCAAAGAAGUCUGUGAUUGCAGAUUAUGCUAAAACAAGCCAGAUCGUAUUAAAACAAAUCAAAUAUCGUACUUGAUGGUAUUUGUUGCUGAGACUGAGAAAACUGACAAGAUAAAAUUUCAUGAAAAAAAGAAAUAUUUAAGGGUUCUUAGAGCAUUAGAGUAGCAGUAGCAUUUGAUACUCUAAGAAUUGCUUCUUGAUAAAGUUGUGCUUAAGAAUUAUUACAUUAGCAGCAAACUACACUGGUCCAUGUAUUUAAGUCAGUUGUGUCAUUUCUGAAUGAGGAAAAAAGUAACAGCACAUAUGUAAAAACAGGCAAUUACCAUGAGAAUUUGCUGUUUCACAUUUUUCAAGAGUUGUUUCUAUAGUAUGUUUUUAAGAUCUACUACUCACACAAUAGAGGUUUUAUAGCUGGUCAAUAUUUCAAUAAAUUACUCUCUUCUAAAAUACUGGAUAGAUUGUACCUUUAUGUUCGAUUAUUUUGAAAAAUUAAUUGGUCUUCUGAAUAAUAAUAGGCUUGUCUGUAUAGAAUACCAAACUUCAGUGUUCACCAUCAUCCUCGAGUCACUCAGAUACUUCCACGAAUAUUUACCAUUACUGGAUUGCUCAUUUUAAAAUAUCUGUUAUAUGAAAUACUGACAGAACACUUUUUAGUUGUGCAUGUUUCCUUAGAAUCCUUUUCUUGGUACAUCUUUGAGUGAUUUGCUUAAUAUUGCUGUUUUCUUUUAGAAAUCUCUUUAAAUAUCCUACUAUUCUCUCGUCCCUUAGCACUGAAAAGAAUUUCCAGGCCCACAACACAAUUUGCCAGUUAAAAUCUACCCAUAUUUUCUCAGUAGUUGUCCUGUUUUCUGGAUAAGUAAUACUGUGAUUUUUUUCUUCUUUUUUUAUUUCUGAGCUAUUUGUGGCAGUUGUCUAAAGGGGAUACCAUAGUAGGUAUUAAACAGUCCAGACAUGCAGAAGCAGUGCCUCCCCCUGAAGAAGUGAUUGUCCCAUUAAAAGAAGAGUCUAGCUGUAAGAGGAAAUUUUCUACCUAAUUUUUUUCAGAGAGAACUCCCAACUGCUUAUAAGUUCAAUUCACCAGCACUGAAAGAAAUUGUAAUUUCUUAGCUAGCUGUUAGAAGGAAUAAUCUUCAAAUGUAUUUUUUUGUUGCACUAUGGCUAACCUUUGCCUGUUCUUAGUUUAUCUUUCCUUACAUCGAAAGCAUAUGUAGCCCACAGGCCAGCAAGUCCUGUUCUGUGCCUGAUCUGCCUUCCCUAUACCUUCCAGAGUUUGUUAGAGUUACCACUUAGUCCCAGCUGUACAGAAAUCAGUUUUGGUUUAAGAGGACCCAAUUAAUUUUUUCUGUUAGCUCAAGUGGCUGCAAUACAUGUGCAUAUUUUUGCAUUUGUAUGUAUGUGCUUUUUUCCCCUCUCUCCUUGAUAGUGAUUCAGUUACCACUGUUGUGCAGAUUUUGAAAGUAUGGACUAAAUCCUGGGUAGGCUACACCUUCCCAGAGUAGAUCCAAAUUUACCAGGAGAUAUUUAAGUUGGAGGAAGCUGGAUUUUUUUUUAAUAUGUGCAAUUUUUCUAAUUAAAAAAAAAAAAAAGGCUUAAACCUAUUAUGCAGUUUUUUAACUGUUCAUAAACUGAUACAAAGGUCUCUUCAUAACAGUGGACACCUGUAAUACAUAAUGGGUUUCAGUCACACUUUAUAUUAAAGUUUCAUUUAUAAAAAAGUAAUAAACUACCAUUAGACUUUACAAGUAUUUUUUCAGAUUUGGGUAUCAGUUGUAGCAUAUGGCUAACAAGCAGCUCAUUCAGAAGAAGGUCACGUAGAUUAUCAAAAGCAACUUCAGAUAUUUUGGAUUUUAAAACAGUUGAUUAACCUUUUGGUUUUAUGGUCCAUUAAGCUCUAUAAAUGCAAUGGAAAUACAGUGUGUGACCCAGCCUUCUUUAGCAAUUAGUUCCUUCUUCCUUAGUCAAAGGUAAGAUUAAGAGGAUCAGUGAAAGAAAGAUGCUGUACUUGGAAAGUUUCGUGUUGCUUAUUUCUUAGGAAGUCUAAAUAGGCCAAGUGAAGUCUUUAGAGCUGUCUUUUCUAAAAUUGCAAAACUCAUUAUGUGAGCAGUUACUUGAUACAGAAGCUUAGUGUGGAUUUGUGCACCAUUUGACUGCAGAUCAAAGCAGUCUGCUGAGGCAAUAUCAGUCCUUGUACAUAUAGGCGUAUUCAGGGUAAUCUACUUCUCGUGUGAUGAACGUGUAGAUAUCAAAAAAUGCACAGCACAGAUCUGACAAAAUACUGCCCUCUAACUCUCUGAUUCUGCAAACAGUUACACUGGUGCUGAACUUCACCAAUAUGAAUAGUCUCCCUGACAUCAAGGAGACUGCUUAAUUUCAGAAACUUAACAUAACUGUUAAGAAAAAGCUUAAAUGUUUGUGGGAUCAAGGCCUGAGCCUUUAGACAGUGUUUGUUCCCCUCCAGCUGCCUGACGUUACUCUGCCAACAAGAGAGUCAAUGAGAAUUUUGUCUGAAGAGUAGAGGAAAGCCUUAGGCCUCUGGGCUAAAGCUGCGCUCCUCUGCUAUCUGCAGACAGAAUCCCAGUAGUAGCGGGGGCCUUAAGCCAGGUGCUUCAUGGAUACACAAAAUACUUGCAAGCUGAAUGUGAAAGUAAAGUAUGAGCUAGUGAGGGAGUAAGGUCUUCAUAACACUGGGAAUGUUUUGCACUGGUAAAAACCCAUAUGUUUAUAGAAACCACAAUAAUCUCAAAUAAACAUAGGUCCAGAGAAGCAAAAUAACUGAUGCUGAUUGUAGAUGGCUUUUCAGCUUAGUGUAUUUUAAGUCUCUGUCAGUGUAUUUGAAGAGUAUUUGUUUUAGGGUAUGGCAGCUUACGCAGAGAAUCACCAAACAGUAUAUAGCAUAGAAUUUAAAUUAUUUCAGUAACAGACACUAGUAUCUAUUUUAAUUUGCACAUUAAUUUCCAGUGUAUAUGACUAAAAGACUAUAUUGUUAUAAAUGAGAGGAAAACAACACAAAGGUGUUUGUAAGUAUGUUCUGUUUGUAGACUUAAGGCUGUAUUAUGUUGGAAUUUUACAAGCCAAGUUUAAAUUGUAAUAUAGAAAUUAUUUUUAUAUUAUUUUCAAAAUAUGCUACAGAGCAAUAUUUUGCGCCUUUAUUAUAAACAGGGUCAUCAUUUUAGUAGGUUACCUUCAGAAAUGCUGGUAGAAGUUAACCAUGAAAAGAAAGCUUUGUAAAUGUACUUGUUGUUUCUAACUGCUCUGUCUGUUGUGCACAUCUAUAUCUAAUGUGAGUUGAAUAUAAUUUUUUUUUUUUUUAAUUGAAAAGCUUUAAAUUUUUCUUUAUAUAUUUUGGUAUAACACUAUCCCUCCCUAUUUAAUUCUACUCUUCCUUCCAGAUCCUACCAACAGCCACUUUUAUAAGCAGCUUCUGAAUAAACAUUCACCCGGAAAGUUUUACCAAAUGAAACAUUUCUGCACAGUUAUUGAUUGACUUGGGACAUUCAUAAUACACCCUGAGUCCAUUGGAGUAGGAUUACUUUGCUUUUUAAAAAAAAACAGAAUCAGAGAUCUAUUAUUCAUUCAAAAUAAAAAUCAAGAAUUAAUAACCAGUGCAGUCCAUUAGUAUCUGUGGGAAGAAAAUCACUCUAGAUUGUAGAAAUGUCAUCCUCUAAUUGGCAGAUACAUUGCGUCUUAAUAUAUACCAAAUAUGCAUUAGCUUCUUGCAGACUGAAGUGUUCAUAUUUUAGUUCUUCAUAGUUCUUUGUACUGUACAUGUCAAUUACUGAAGAACUGUGCAAAAAAAGACUUUGCAAACUAAUGCAUAUGUUAAGUUAGGAGUCAGUAUAGUUUUUAAAAUUCCUUUACUUUUGUGGUUUAGUUUGUUGGGGUUCAUUUGUUUAAAAUUAAUAAGGUAUAUACUGCAGCCAAAAAUGUCAAAUCUGGAUGCGUAAGGUUAAGAUUCUGCAUCUAGAUUUCUCCUAAUAAAUAGACUGGUUUUAAGAUGUGCUGAGCAUCUAAUUCUGUGGGAACAAAAGCUCUUUCUUGGUUUCAGAAAAUCAGGUGAGCAUUACUCCAACACCUUUUCAGGGCUUUUCUUUAUUUGUCUACACUUCUUUUCCAUCAAUGGAAUUCACAUUUUCUCUUCAGUGAUUUUCCAUGUGUGAACAAAUAAUUUGGCUUAUUAAUAAAGUGAUUGCUUGAAUAUGGAGAGACUUGCCUUGUACCAAAACACCAUAUAAUUGCCCACUUAACUGUUGCAUUCUUAAUGGGGCUCGUGUAUUCCACUGAUGUGUGUGGGGGGAGAUAAAAGACCUUUUUUUCUUGGAUAUUAUGAUCGCUCUGUUUCGUUUGUUUGUUUUUCCUCUCAAGUGAAUAUGCUGUUCUGAUUGCUGUUUUAUCUUCCAUUGCCUGAAUGCACGUACUGUACCAAGAGAAUUGGAAUGGCUGAUGCACAUUUGCACUGGGGAACAUGCGAUAUGGGUAAAAGCCACCGUGUUCCAGACAGCCUUAAAAUUAUGACUCUCUGGGGACUGAGAGUCACUUAACUGGAUGCAGCCUCUGUCCCACUUCCUCAUAUAACCACAACUGUAAAACGCUCUAGCCUGCUGUAGUCUAUAUAACUGUGUGCAUAUUCAUCUGAAUAACCUGUAAUCUUAAAUUUUUCUUUAAAAAGAUGUAAUUCUUUGAUUAAGUGUCAAUGUGUCAGGAAACCUUAGUCAAAAGAUAAGAUAGGGGUAAAAACAGAGAGAGAAUGUUAGCUAGCGGAGUAACCAUGGCACCAAAAUAUUAAAAAGAGGGGAAAUAGUUAAGAUGUGUCAAAAACUAUUUCCUGUCAGAACUGGAAGCUUUGUAGAUCUUCCUGUAUUCUGGGAAGACAGAGAAACUUUUUGCCAUUCGUCUCUGCAUCUAAUGUAGUCUCUUACUUUGUUGCAGAGGUUUGCCAUUGGGGAAGAAGGGAGAGAAAAGCAGCAAGUUUUCUACCCUUAAAGCAAAUUCUACUCUAGUGGCAGAAUCAUCACAGAUUGCAAAAAUAGGAUCCAAUGUUAGAACUAAACAGUGCCUAACUCCUGUGUACAAGUUGUGUAUUUCAUUUUCAUUUUGACCCUUUCAAAUGAUGGGGUUUUUCAAAAAAAUAAAAAAAGGUCGGGAGAGGGAGAGGAGUUUAAAGGAUAAGAUUGUAUGAUAGUGACCCAGUUCUUCCUUUGUUCACACACCAAAUCAAUAUGAACAUGAAAGUUGAAUUACUCUGGAGUUGCACUUUCUCUCUCAGGCAAGCUGAGAGGUAAAAGCUACCUUUUUUGGUAAUUCCCAUGUAACUUCUUUGCCACAGAAUAAAAUUAGAACCCCUUGGCACAGAAACUUUGCCUGAUGAAGCCUGACAGUAUGUCAGGAGCCUGAGAGCCAUGGCCAAAUUAGCCAAAGCAAGUCUGGUCAUUCUUGCCUUUAAAACAGAUACAGUUCAUUCUGGCCCAUGGUGUCCAGUGUCUUUGCAGUAAAGGUGAAGUGGAACACUGCCUUGUUGUCAUUUGCCUCCAGGUUUAAGUAACACAAAGCCUCUUCCCUAUGCUUUUGGUUAAAAUAUGCAGGAGAUAUCAUGGCAUCUCAGGCUCAGAGAAUGCCCCACAUCUCCUUUUAAUGGGCUUGAAUCAGGUAUGAAUUGAAACACAGCCAUGUGGGCGUGGUAGAAGCGCUCUCAUCUCCAAACUUUGCAAAUUGUGUGCACUUAUGUUUUAAUACUAACAGAAAUUAAGCAAUGAUUUUACUGUUUAUUUGCUCAAGAUUCUGAGUACUGUAAAUACAGUCUUUAUAUAAUGCACAUGGUGUGUGUACAGUACAAAAAAUGCUUUUCUUUGGAGCUGCUCAAAGAGCUUUGCAUGCACAUGAUACCAGUCUCUCUUCAUUCACCGUAAACCAAGGAGAACAAACAGGAUUUAAGCCUAGAUUAAAUAGUGAAUGUAACAUAGACCUAAGCAGCUCGGAGUUCCCAACCAUAGUAUUCCAGGCCAGCUUGAACAGUUUUGUAUAAAACUCUAUCCCAACGAUCUAGAUCAGAUUUUUACUCUUUCCUGGGAAUGAGCAAUUACCUGUGUCUUUUCCAAGGCCAUUGCUCGUACCCUGCUAACUCCUUCUUGCAUUUGUAAUGUGCCAGUCUUACUGUGAUUCAGUUAUGAAGCGGUUUUUCAAAUCUGCACACAGCUCUUAUUUUCUUCUUAGAACCUGUCUAGAGCUUUAUUUUGCAUUCAAUUUUAAGACGUAAAAUACUGUUAUAAACUUUUCAUAAUGCCUUGGAGUUGACUGUUGUGUGGCUGAAAGACUUUGUUCUCCUUGGAAGGCCUCGUUCUUCCUCAUUGAUUCUUGUAACUAACAUUUUUGUAUGGAAAAAGUUGAAUGAAACAUUGAAAAUAUCAAUACUGUUUACAUGUAUUUCUGCCAUUUGGUAUACUUUAUCUUUUUUGUUACACAGUUCUAUGUUGUUAAAAAACAAUGCCUCUUAGACAUGGGCAAAUCUUGAAUUAUUGUACGCAAAAGGUUUAUGUAGCUAAUUCAUCACACUUUACUAUUAUUAUUGUAUAAUAUGCCCUCCCAAAACUGUUUGUGUAUCUCUCUUCCUAUUACUAACAUUUUUCCUUACAUCAUCUACUUCCUUGGACAAAUUCUAAAGCUCUUUGUCCUUGGAGCCAGAUGUAGGUGUUUCCAUUAUAGAAGAUUUGGCUUUCUCAGUUCAGUUUGCAUAUAGAGUGGCUUGUCUCACCAAACAAGAAUUGAAAUAACACAGAUGUCACACCCUUAGUUUAUAGAAGUUCAUUUACUCAUUAACUGAGGGUCUCAGUUCAAUUAUAACCAAAGCCAAUUAUAUAAAGUUUAAAACAUCAGGACAGGUAAUGUGACUCUUUCUAAUAACCUAGCAAACUCAGCAUUUUUAAAACAGUAGAAAUGUACAAUAAAUGUGCUUGUACUUGAAGUCCGUAUUUCAAAGAAAGAUAAUAGUUGGCUCUCACUGGGUCUUAAGUAAAUGUUAAUAAGGAAUGAAGCAAGUUUCACUGAUUUUUGUUGGCUAAGAACUCAACUUCUUGGUAAUCAUACCAUCCUUCCAAUUUUUCAGAGUCUGAGUUUCUUGUUGCCUAUUAUAAAUUUCUACUAUUUUAGCAAAGAUUGAUUUAGGAUUUCAAUGCACAAUAUAAUAGAUAUAUCAGAAAUUUAUUUAAAGCUAAAGUGACUUUUCAGGUUUCUCUGUGUUUGACUAUUUUAGUGCAAAACUUUUAUCCCAUAUGAAAGGAGUGAAUUUAUCUUUUCCCAUUCCCUUCCCUAUUCAUAAUUUAAAGACAAAAUUGGUUGCAGUUACUUUCAUCUGCAAACAAAACAGCUGGUCAUUUUUAAGCUGACUUCCAUAUUAUGAUUAAGUCCAUUGUUCAAAAGAAACUGAAAUAUUAAUUAAUGUUAAAGGAUAAUUAGUUUUUUUGUUGUGAAAAGUGUGAGUUCUUGAGAACCUUUUCUACAUGCAGUUUUCAUUCAAAUUCAAUUUAAAUGUCAGUUUUGAUCUGAUCCAUACUUUGACAAAGAUGAUGUGUAAGAGCUGUUUUUAGCAGUUGGAUUGUUACUUUGUAAAGUAUUAAAGCACUAAACCAAUUUUUGCAAUAGGUAGAAAAACUUGCUUUUGUUUUGAAAAACUUCCAGUUAUAACUGUCGCACUUUUUAUAGCAGAACUGUAUUUCAUUUCUUUCUUUUAUGAAAGAUUACUCAAAGUAACUGAUAGCUCUGUAAUCUGUGUGAAUUGGCUUCUCCAUUAUUUGAAACUGAGAGAAGCUAUAAUGCCUAUUCAAUAAAAUUAACUUAUUUCUAAAGUA